AUGUAUUUUCAUACUGGUAAUUGUGAAUAUAUUUUAUUUGAAGCUUUAUAUACUACCAAAGUUGGUCAUAUUGUAGCAGCGUCCAUUGUGAUGUUUUGUCUGGCUAUGUUAUAUGAAGGGUUAAAAUAUGGUCGUGAAGUUUUAGUUCAGAAAACACUCUCACAAAAUAAAUAUAUUACAACUACGCUUCCAGCAGCUAAUUCACAGGAAAAUAUGAUUAUACAGACACGACAGGCUGUCGCGGCUCAGAUGUUAAGUUGUGGUCAUUUUAUCCAGACAUUACUUCACAUGUUACAAGUUUUUAUCAGUUAUUGUUUAAUGUUAGUUUUUAUGACCUAUAAUGUAUGGUUAUGUUUAGCUAUUAUACUAGGGGCAGGGGCUGGUUAUUUUAUAUUUGGGUGGAGACGAGCAGUUAUUGUGGACGUAAAUGAACAUUGUCACUAA